UAUUCUCAAACAAUCACAAAUGCUCAGCCUGCGGGCAGAAUGAGCCAGGUCAGGCAGGUGAUGCAGUCCCCUGCAGACACACUGGGGGGCGACAACGCCCCGCCGACGGUGCUGCAGGUCAGCGGGCUGGCUGCUCGCUUCCCUCAGUGGCGCGCUUGCGCCCCCUCUCCGUGGGUGCUGCGAACCGUUGCCAUGGGUUACCGGUUGCAGUUCCGGGUCAAGCCGCCUCGUUUCCAGGGAGUCGUAAACACGACUGUCAACACCGAGGCGGCCAUGAUACUCAGAGAGGAAAUAAAGGCGCUAUUGCGGAAAAGAGCAAUACGAGUGGUCCCCGCUUCGGAGACAGACAAAGGUUGGUACAGCCGCUAUUUUGUUGUUCCGAAAAGAGGGGGAGGGCUUCGUCCCAUCCUCGACCUGCGAGUCUUGAACACGUAUCUACGUACGUACAGGUUCAAGAUGCUAACACUCAGACAGCUCUUGAAUGCAGUCGGCCCGGGAGAUUGGUUUGCGACAAUCGAUCUAACAGAUGCUUAUUUUCAUGUGGCUAUACACCCGAAACACAGGCAGUUUCUGAGGUUUGCAUUCGAGGGCGUAGCCUACGAAUACCUAGUGCUGCCGUUCGGGCUGUCGCUCGCUCCUCGCACCUUUACGAAAUGUGCCGAAGCAGCGCUAGCGCCCCUCAGAGAGAGAGGCAUCCGCAUCUUAGCCUACCUAGACGACUGGGCUCUCGUAGCUUGCUCCAGAGAGCAGGCGGAGACACAGCUGUCACUGGUUCUGUCACACAUUCAGACACUGGGGUUCUCUGUGAACUUUCAAAAGAGCUCGCUAAUCCCGAGUCAGCAGAUUUCUUUCCUCGGUUUGGAAAUAUGCUCGCUUUCCAGCCGCGCACGUUUGUCGGAGCACAGAGUGGCCGCGUUUCAUCGCUGCCUCGCUCAGUUUCAGCUGGGACGCAGACUGCGUUUCCAGACGAUAUUACGCUUGUUGGGCAUGAUGGCAUCUAUGAUCGCCAUAGUGCCACUUGGACUGUUAAAAAUGAGAGCGUUUCAACGCUGGACUCUCUCUCACCGCCUGUGUGCAUCGCGUCACCUCCGGAGGAGGCUGCCGGUAACCGCGUCUUGCAUGCUAGCUCUCCGUCCUUGGAGGGAGCCCAGGCUGCUGCGCUCUCUUCCCCUGUUGAAGCUGUCUCGCUCUCUGCUGUUAUGGUGCAGUGUUCAUUUUCUGUCUCUGAGAGCCACCCAUGUCCCGGGCCACCUGAACCUGGGGCCGGACCUUCUCUCCAGGGGGGGCCCUCUGGUGAGAGAAUGGAGGUUACACCCCUUAAUAGUGGCUCAGAUUUGGGAUCUAUUUGGCAAGGCGCAAAUAGAUCUUUUUGCUUCCAGGGUAAAUACUCACUGCCCCCUGUUCUUCUCCAUAAUCGACCACGAUGCACCCUUGGGCUUGGACGCGCUAGCGCACCAAUGGCCAGACGUGCUCCUGUAUGCAUUUCCCCCAGUGGAAAUGAUAUCUCCAGUUCUAGAGAGAGUGCGUCGGCAUUCCCUCUCUCUGAUUCUAGUGGCCCCUUGGUGGCCCACAAGGUCGUGGUAUGCAGAGAUAAUCAGCCUGCUAGCAGCGAGUCCUUGGCAGCUUCCUCUCCGCAGGGAUCUCCUCUCUCAGGCGGGAGGAGAAGUGUUUCAUCCGCGCCCAGAUCUGUGGCGCCUUCAUGCUUACCUGCUGAGAGGCUAAACUUGAUUGCUAAGGGUUUGCCACCCAGUGUGAUAGCGACAAUCCAGAGCGCUAGGGCCUCAUCUACUAGAGGCUUGUACGCUUACAAAUGGCGAGCCUUCGAGCAAUGGUGCCAGGACCGCCACACUCUCCCAUUUCAGUGCUCUAUUGUGGAUGUUUUGACAUUCCUGCAGGAGCUGCUGGAUAAGGGCCUUUCAUUUUCGACAAUUAAGGUUUAUUUAGCAGCUAUAUCUGCUUGUCAUAUUGGCUUUGACGGGGUGACACCAGGUGCACAUCCCCUCGCCAUACGUUUUCUGAAAGGGGUUCGCCGGCUGAGACCCGUGCUUAAGUCCAGUGUCCCUGCUUGGGACUUGUCUUUGGUGCUGGAGGCCCUUUGUAGCCCCCCGUUUGAACCCAUCGAGUCUGUGGAUAUGAAAUUUCUUUCAUAUAAGACUGCAUUACUUCUCGCUUUGGCUUCGGCAAAGCGAGUGGGUGACCUUCAUGCGCUGUCCGUGCAUCCCGCCUGCACACAGUUUUCUCCUGAUGGCCACAAGGUCGUAUUGCGUCCAAAUGCUGCCUAUUUUCCCAAGGUCAUGCCUGCAUCUUAUAGCUCAAUGGAGUUUGAGUUGCUGAGCUUUUGCUACCCUCCUUUUGCAUCUGAGGAGCAGAGGAGGAUGCAUUCUCUUUGUCCAGUGCGUGUGCUACGCACCUACAUUGAGCGCACUCAGAAUGUGCGUUUAUGUGACCAGCUGUUUGUCUGCUUCGCCAAUCCAAAUAGAGGUAGAGCUCUGUCCAAACAGAGGCUGUCCCACUGGAUUAUAGAAGCUAUCUCACUGGCAUACGGCACCAGAGGUCUUGCUUUGCCCCACGGGGUGAGAGCUCAUUCCACCAGGGGGAUGGCAACUU